AUGGACGUCUUUCUAGUUGCUUUUCUUUUACCCAGUGUAUCAUUAGAAAAAUGUCCUUUAUCAGAUGACGAUUUCGACGUUGCACAAAUUAUUCUUUUCUAUGCACCUUGGAAUUCAUCUUUAAUCAGAGAGCAAAUUGUUCUCUACUGGAACAAUCCAUUCUUUAACGAGGGUGACAUCGUAGCACUGUUCUAUGGUGAUCCAAAAACUAAUGACAAUAAGCUACUUUUUUCACACCAACCCUCCAGGGGUAAAGGCUUCAUCAAGACAGAAGUGAGUCCUUCUCAAGCAGUCUAUGGAUUAGAUUUAACAUUUGUUGAACAAUGCACAGGAUACUAUGGUGCUUGGUUACGAGAUAAUGUAAUCAGAAAAACCAGAUGUUUACUUACACAUCCUGAUUGGAUGAGUAAACGACGAAAUACAAUCGGAAGAAAAUCAUUGAGAAGAAUAAUUUUGCCAGGAACUCAUGAUUCAGGUGCAUACGGAGAAGAACCACAACCUUCUGUUGAACAAAGAUACACAGAAACACAAGAUCGAGAUAUUUUUGAUCAACUCAUUUCUGGAGCAAGAUAUUUGGAUAUCAGACCUGCUUGGUAUGAUGGUGAAUAUUGGGUUAAUCAUGGAACAUAUAAAAUGCAAUUAUUGGACAAUGUUAUCUAUGACGUAAAAGAGUUUAUGGAAAAUACUGAAGAAAUUGUUAUACUAGGAUUCAAACAAUUCCCAGUUGGUUUUAAUAGCAAUGAAGACCAUGAAAAGUUUAUCAAGUAUCUUGAAACAGAAUUUGCGGAUUUAUUUUUACUGCCUCGACCAAGAGACUCAUGGGCAAUUAGUUUAAAUGAAAUUUGGGCAACGGGAAGACGACUCAUCUUAAGUUAUGAUCAUCCAAUUCAACAGACCGUGCAUAGUCUUUGGAUUCCAGUGAAACAACAAUGGGGAGAUGUCAAAGAUAUUCAUCAACUUAAAAAGUAUCUUGAUACUGUUGAAGAAGAGGCUGGAGAAAACUACAUUCAAUCCUAUCCAAAAAUACCACGAGCAACAAUGGCAGAGAUAACACUAGACCUUUGGAGAAUAGUAGGUGAUGCUGUUGUAGAAAGUCUGUCAGCAAGUGGCACCCAAUCACUUCGACAACUUGGCGUGAAAGUUGGACCACUCAUAACAGCUUGGUAUAACGAAUUCUGGUUUUCUACUGCUAACAUUGUGGCUGUAGAUUUCCUUGAUGCUACAGGAAUAGUAGAAAUAGCUAUCGACUGGAAUGACAGGCGAGUAUCUCCGUGCUACAAUUAUUAUAAAGACUUAUAUACAAACAUGACACAAAUCUAG